AGCUUACAAGUAUUUUAAAUGUGCCUCUCUAAGGUGUUUCGUAAACCUUCAGACUCAGUCACAGGGAAAUGGCUUUGCUCCUGCUUUUCUUUUUUCUUGUCUCUGGAGAGCUAUAUUCUUGUAAUGCUCAAACAACAGACAGAAGUACCAGUCCUUCAGCUGAAACAGUAAGAAAUGCCAAUGCAACAGCUGAAACAACUGUUCCAAAUGUCAACGCAACAGCUGACUCAACUGUUGGAUAUGCCAAUACAACAGCUCAAACAACAGUUACAAAUGUCAUUGCAACAGGCUGCUCAGGUCCACCAAUACUGUGCUGCGCGGGUCAGAAUAAUGGCUGUCGUAGGGUGUCAUGUUACUGUGAUCAGGCCUGUGUGACUAUCGGGGACUGCUGCUCUGACUUUAAUUUGACCUGCAUGCACUUCUUCAAUUCAACCAAUAGCAGCACUCCGUCUCCACCCCUGACUGAGUCACAAGCCUCUGAAACUUCUGCUGACUAUCACACGUCAACUUCCACAUUUACAGAUUUCCAGUCUAUGACACUUCACCAAAAAGUCUCUCUGUCAACCCGAGGUAGCAUUAACAAUUCUAGGAUUUCUGAGGCUUUGCUUAGCUAUUUGUCCCGCAUCCUUCUUCAGUCGACCUGCAAAAAUUGCUCUCUGAGAAUCAAGCACAUCGUAUUCAACUAAACCCCCAGGAUUAGAGCUGUAUAUGGAAACAAAGUGACGCAGUCAUUGAAGUUGACAGAGUGGGUUGUGCAGCCAAAAUGUCUUUUAUUGGUACCAAUCAUUAUUGUAAUUUGUUUGGCAGAUUCUAAGCUCUUUUUUUCUCUACAAAAACUGGUAAAGAAUAUCAUUGUUCUGUAAUCCCAGAUAAACAAUUAAAUAAACUCUACAAAAAGCUGUUAAAGGAAAAUGGCACUGAUUCACAGUUGAGACAAGAUUUUUAUGUAUAUGGCAAAAAAAUUAGGAGAGAAACUUUGUAGACGUUUGUCGGACUUUCUCCUGUGUCAAAUGCUUGUACAAAUACAUGCACAGGUGGCUGAUAUUGUCAAACACAAAGGCAUAAAGCAUUAACAUGUCUAGGCGGAUCCCCACAAUAAUCCACUGAUGCGCUAAGAAACUACAUCCACACAGAUUGCACUUGCCUAGAACACAAUGCAGUUCAGAGGAUGCGGAACUAAGACAAAUCCAGGAACAAGUCUCCCCUUGUGCAUUGUGACUUAUUUAUAAAUUGCAAAAGGGUGGAGUCUGAGAAUUCUAGUGAUUGUGGUGCGAAGAAAGGCUGUUCAUCCACAUUGCUGUACAAUAACCUCAGGACUGAUUGUCCACAAGAUUGCCUUGGAUUACGUGCAGACAAAAUGAGCAUUUUUGUCUCACUCAUCUUGUAGGAAAUAUAUAAGUAUUAAAUUCUUUUAUUUUAGGUGAUACAUUAACUUGAUGAAGUUUAUCACACCACUGCUCACCUGCCGGAUCACCAUCAUAUGGCACUCAUCGUUAGAGCCGUUGAAUUGCAGUGUGGGGCUGUCCAAGCCCAGAUUUUCACUCUGGAGGCAUGCUAUGUUUCAUUAAAGUGUUCUGAAAGUCAAACUGAAACGUAGUUCUGCAGACAUGAACGCCUCCGAUCAGAUAAGUAGGCCUGACGUGUUUUCACUUGCAAUUUUCUGGUGGACGUCAUCUUUUAAGUAAGGAAAUAUGUCUGUUGACUUCAAACUAUACAAUUAUUCCUAUAUCCUGCUGCUCUCUUUUUGCUGCUAAAGAAUCCGUUUGCAGGGUGUACUCUGGAGGAAGUUUGUGACUGCAUUACAGUAAAGAGAAUUAUUCCCUCUUGGCAUUUCCCUUGAGAACUGUAUUACCUGCUGCAGGAUAAGGUCUUCUUGGUGUUUUUAGCUGUAGGACAAGAAGGUUACUGACCAAUAGUACUGCAUUAACAGUCUCUAAAGCCCGCCCAUUUAAACGUCAGCAGUGUUAUAUUUUGACCAGCAGAUGGCAGCAUAUCUUUGGUUUAUGCAGCAUGACUAUAAGCAAAGGAAGAAUAAACAAAUUUAAGUUAACGCAUUUUUAUUAAGACAUCCAAAAUAAUAAUUAGUUUAUGUAUGUUGACUUACAAAGAUAACCUAUAUUUAAUAAAGCACUGAUGUUUAAUGUUUCAUUUAUUUACGUGAACAAUUGAAAACAUUGAAAAGAAUUCAACAUCUAUUACAAUUUUUGCGUUUGCCUUUUUGUGCUACAUUCUCUUCAGCUGGCUGAUACAACAUUAGCUUUAAAUCCACUUCUAUAUGAACAAUUUGUGAACAGAGAAAGAAAAGUGUUAGCAUUUGAAGUAUUAGGAAAUGUUUGUCCAAAAAGAGAGCUGGUUUUCCAGGGGGCAUGAGCCUGUACAAACACAUGCUGACCCCUGCUCCUCACAGGAGGAGGACAAGGCAAAAAUUUAAUUAUGAAGGGCGAAGUGAAAACAGGCCCACUCAGCCUUAGGGACCGGCAGGAGCGGAUAGUUCAAAUUAGAGCGGCAUUGUCCGCCCAGGUCCACCUUUGACCCCCCCAGGAGAUUUAAUUGUACAAAUCGCACCAAAGAUUUGUGCAUCUGACAAAUCUAUAGCAAUAUCUGUGUGUCCAUCUGACUGCUAAUCUGAAGUAUCCUCCUCUUCUCUUCUUUUCGUAACUCUUGCAAUUUAUGCCACAAAUAAGAAGCGUGUAUUCUCUCAAAAAAUUCUCCCCACAACAACCCACCACUCAACUGAAGUUAAUUCUGCAGAGGGAGUCUUGGGUUCGCAUUUCACCAAAGCUUUGUAAAGUUGGCUCUGAUGGGGUCACUUUGAGGUUGAAACGAUCUGUAACUGUGCAUAAACUGCAGAUCAAUUACAAUAUAAUGACAAAGGAAUGUCCCUCAAUUGUGACUACUGCAGAGCCAAUGUAGGCCUGAGAUGUCAUCAUGUUUUGGAAUAAUCGACUGCAGUUUGGUUAAAAAUAGCACAAAAUACUAUAAGAGCAAUGCUUUUUGUCAGGAUGAUAUGAAAUACUUUUGAAAGCCUAAUUUGGAUUCCUUAUUUAUUUAUUUUUUGGUUGAAUAAUGUGUCUUUAUUUUACAGUGCAUUGCAAAAGCGUACAGACACCUGCAGCUCCUUCUCAUCUAGUGAUAUUACACUCACAAACAAUGGGUAUUAUGUCAAAGUAGAUUAUCUGAUACACAUACAAAAAGUACUGCAUAAUUGUGAAGUGUAAGGAAAAAAGCUCUUAAUUUUUUGUUUUUUCAUAUCUGAAAAGUGCAGCUUGCACAUAUAUUGAAUCCCUUUUAUUCUAAUUCUCCUACGUGCAAUUAGUCUUUUGACUUCAAAGGUCAGCGUCUUAGGAAAGAGAUUCCACCUGUGUGUAAUUUAAACUAAAUAGAAAUUCAAAAAAAAAAAAAAAAAACAUAACUUUUGGCUUACAUGCAAAAUGUCAUAUGUGGUGGAAACUAAAAUGUGUGCAUUACCCUGAACAGAACAGCCCGUAGGGGGAAACUAGUCAGAAUGAAUGGAGUUCUUCAUGGUGGUGAAUGCAGGGAAAUCUUUGAAGAGGCUGCAAAAGACUUGAGAUCAUUACAGAAGUUUAGGUUUCAGCAGGACAGAUCUACACAUACUGCCAGAGCUGCAAAUAAGAAUAACAACAUUUCAAUCUCUGCACACAAUAGACUCGCAGUUGUAAUUGUAGGGAAUGGUGGUUCUGUAUUGAAUCGAUGGCUGAACAUUUAUAUUCUCCACAGUUUUAAGAUCUUUAUGUAAAUUAAAAUGAAGAGUUAUGCAUCAUUUAUGUUCCCCUUUACUGUUAUGUGCUGAUUUAUUUGGUCUUUUAUGCAAACUGCCAAUAAAAUAAAUAGAAAUUUCAGGUUGUUAUGCAAUUAAAUGUUAAAGUUUAGGAGGGUUCAACACUUUAGGAAUGUACUGUAUAUGUUCAGAAAAAAGUUAUAAAGCAAGUUUACACUUUUUACAUUUUCUAAUUCUUUGAAACACACAUACACACACACACACACGCACGCACGCACGCACGCAUUCAGGGAGAGAGUUUGUAAUUCCUUGUUCCCUGCAGUGUGUGCACAUUGUGGGCCCCGGUGUUAUUGAUCCUGAUUGGGUCUCACAGGAGGAGAUUCCGGCCCGCCAUUGACCCACACUUUUGCAUGUUUCCAUUAUUCUCUCAGAUGAUCAGAGGCGCGUAAGUCUCCCCUCAUGUCUGCCGAAUGGCCGUACUUGCGUGAGUUUUCUGAUUGUCAGUUGGCGAAAGGAGGGGAGGAAAGGGGAAAAUGAAGUUACUGAGAGUUUCGCAAAAUCACUAGCAGGUCUUGCCUGACGUUUUUCUGGCUUGGUGACUGUCAAAACAUUCCCCAUAUGCACCCAUACCCCUCCUCCGCUUUUCUUCAGAAAGCCUGUGGCUCACAGGCUGCUCUCCUCUUCAAAGUAAAACUUCUCAGCCAUGUGGCCUGCGUUGAAUGUUUGUGUUGACGGUCGCCUAGUUCCUAUAAACUCUUCAUAGGGAUCUUUUUCCUCUUCUUCAUUACCUAUGAAGCACUUAAAAAGUGUCAUGGCGAGGAAGGAGUAAAAGAGCAUUACAAAAAGUAUAUAGAAGUAAGCAUUGUCGUAAGUCUCCCUGGAAGUGGAGAACGCUGGAUUAGUGUGAGAAAGAGGACUCACGGUGGUG